ACUGUAUGUCACGCGCUCGUAGGGGGAGGAACGCAGUGUCGCCGCGAGAGGGGGAGGAAAGCCCGGCCGUUUCCCCAGCUUUUCCGGGUCAUGUUGCGUCGCCGAGGGGAGUGGAGAGUCGUCCUCGAGUGCAGGAGGGAGAGCUAGAGUGUUGUCCGGCGUCGAGGAGGACGUGUUGUGAUCUGAGUGUUGUCGUGUGAAGUGCUGUGGAAGUGAGGUGUUCUUUAUCAGUGAGUUUUAUGCUGUUAUCCGGCCUGUGAUCGACGCCUGGCCGGCCGGCAGGUGAUAGCGAGAAACGCCAUCAGUGAUACGUCUUGUGCAGCUUGAGUCGCGCCCGUGGUUGUCGUGUCGUGGCUGGCAGAGGGCGGAGCGAGCAGUGCGCGGGCGUGUGUGUGUGUGUUAGGCAUAGCAAGUCACCCACAGCGGAAACGAGUGAUCAGGGCCCGUGAUGGGCGGCCGCGCUAGCCAUGUGUAGCGGGGAGGCGAGGCUAUCACGCCAGAGAUGCGGGCGGCUCUGAGGAUGGGUGUGGAUGUGGAUUUGGGGGUUGGCCGCGUGUAACGGAGUGGCGGUGUGGGCGAGCCAUGCCCACGGUCGCGGACGCUGUGACACGCGUCCUCUGCAAGUGCACGGUUCAUUUUCAUCCAGUAUGACAUGGGCGCCUGUGUGGGCACCCGCAGCAAGCAGGCAGAGGCUCUCCUAGCGGCGCGGCCGCUGCCGGACCUGCCUGACGUGGUGAGCGGGAGCGGGGGUGGCACCCUAGAUCCCAUGGGCGGGCCAGGCCCCCCGGAGUCUCAACACGUGGGCGCCACCUUUGUCAGCACUAUCCAGUCCGCGCUCCCCGCCCAUGUCGCGCAAACCCCGCUGCCCGUCUCCGUCUCCGCCGCCGCCGCCGCCGUCGCCGCCGCCGCCCAGGUCACCUCCGCGACGCCACUUGGUGACGUGAACACCACCAACGCCGCGGCGACCAAGUGGCACUCGCGCGAGAACCUGCUGGCGCCCGAGGAGGAGGGCGACCCGCAGCUGUUCGUGGCGCUCUACGAGUUCCGAGCCCAGGGCGAGAACCAGCUCACUCUCAGGAAGGGUGAGCAGGUGCGGGUGCUGAGCUACAACAAGUCGGGCGAGUGGUGCGAGGCGCAGGCGGGGUCGGGCGAGGUGGGCUGGGUCCCUUCCAACUACAUCACCCCCGUCAACUCCCUGGAGAAGCACUCUUGGUACCACGGCCCCAUCUCCAGGAACACGGCCGAGUACCUGCUGUCGUCGGGGAUCAACGGGUCUUUCCUAGUGCGGGAGUCGGAGAGCUCGCCGGGGCAGAGGUCCAUCUCGCUCCGCUACGAUGGUCGCGUCUACCACUACAGAAUCAAUGAGGACGAGAACUCCAAGCUGUAUGUGUCUUCAGAAUUUCGGUUCAACACCUUGGCAGAGUUGGUACACCACCACUCGCAACAUGCCGAUGGUCUUAUCACCCAGCUGUUAUAUCCUGCCCCAAAGAGAAAUAAACCCACUGUGUUUGGUCUUACUCCAGAGCCAGAUGAGUGGGAAAUUGAGAGGACUGACAUAGCGAUGAAACAUAAACUCGGGGGAGGCCAGUAUGGAGAUGUUUAUGAAGCUGUUUGGAAGAGAUACAACAUCUGUGUUGCUGUGAAAACUCUCAAGGAAGAUACAAUGGCCCUGAAGGACUUCUUAGAAGAAGCCUCAAUAAUGAAGGAAAUGAAACACCCCAAUCUCGUGCAGCUCUUGGGGGUGUGUACUCGGGAACCCCCUUUUUACAUUGUGACGGAAUUCAUGUCCCGAGGUAACCUCCUGGACUACCUGCGCACUUGUAGUCAUGAUGAGGUCAACGAGGUAACUUUGCUGUACAUGGCAACUCAGGUAGCUGCAGCUAUGGAGUAUCUAGAAGAGAGGAGCUUCAUACACAGGGACUUAGCAGCUCGCAACUGUUUAGUCGGGGAAAACCACUUAGUCAAAGUGGCAGAUUUUGGGCUGGCGCGUCUCAUGAGAGAUGAUACGUACACUGCUCAUGCUGGAGCCAAAUUCCCAAUCAAGUGGACUGCACCAGAGGGUCUAGCCUAUAAUAAAUUUUCUACAAAGUCUGAUGUUUGGGCAUUUGGCAUAUUACUAUGGGAGAUUGCGACAUAUGGAGUAUCACCGUAUCCUGGGGUAGACCUGACCAACGUGUAUCACCUUUUAGAGUCAGGAUAUAGAAUGGACUGUCCUCAAGGAUGUCCAGUAAGAGUGUAUGAAUUGAUGAAGCAGUGUUGGCUGUGGAUCCCAUCGGACCGGCCCACAUUCUCCCAUAUCCAUCAUGCGCUCGAGACCAUGUUCCAGGAGACUUCUAUUACUGAGGAGGUGGAACAGCAAUUAGCAGCUGGUGGAGGACGGAAGGUGGUUAGAGGUUCUUCCACAGGCACGCACCAACAGUGGAAUGAGGAACAACUUCCUACUAGUCCAAGAACAUCCUCCACCAAGCAAAGAACUAAAAACAAACAUGGUAUGAUGGAUGAAGGUAGUAGUCCUAAUCUGCCAAGGGAUGUACGACCGAGCCCUGGCAUCCUCUCUGCCCGUUCCACCGUAGUUCAGCUCCGCCGCACCACCAACAAGAAGGGCAAACAGGCACCAGCGCCGCCAAAGAGAACAAGUUCAUUCCGUGACAGUACCUGCACCGACCAAGACAUGCCAGCCGGGAUGGCGGGAGACGAGCUCAAUGAAUUCAAUGGGAUCCAGAAGGACCUGGCUGAUCUGGCGAGCAGCAAUGACGCCGAGAGUGAGAGUGACUUGAGAGAGCGAACGCCCGACACCGAAGACUCCGGGGCACAGUCCUUACCCACAACUCAGGGCCUCACGUCCACACACUCCACCUUUAGAUCCGAUCCUCCGCAUUUGCAGUCCUUUAGACAAAAGUCAGGUGGGUUGCGUGACCCUAAGGCAGGUGGAGACAGAAUACGGCGAGGGAGGAUGGAGAAAUCUGAGAGCCAGAGUGGCACUAUUGGCAGCAGACACAUCACCGUUGCAGCCUUGGAAGUCCAUAAUGUCAAGAGAGCCAUCAAUCGCUAUGGCACGCUUCCUAAGGGUGCGAGGAUUGGUGCCUAUCUUGAAUCUCUCCGUCAGAGUGGCCUGUCUCAGGGUGUUCCUCCAGCAGAUGAACAGUCUUCAGAACACCAGGCGGAAGACCAAGAUGAGCAUGGUGAUCAAGAAGAGCAGAAGGACACUGUGGAUAAGAAUGCUGCAUCCAUGAUUCGCAGCAAUUCAACCCAGAGUGGUUUCCAGCCACAGUCGCCUUUGAUAUCACGGCUAAGUCCACGCUUGCAGCCCUUACGGUCUGACAAGCGGAAUAAAGAGCCCAGCUUGGCUGACCUAGAAUUCCCACCACCUCCAUUAGAUUUGCCUCCUCCACCAGAUGACUUCAUAGAGGAGAACCAGUCAGCAGCCUUGGAGUUCCCUCCACCGCCUGGUUCGGACCGCUGGUUAGGCACCUCCUCUCCAGAGUCUAGGAGACGCCUAGCUCAGAAACCUAUUCCGUCACCGAGAGCUAGACGAAAGGCAGACUUUGCCAAUGUCAGUCCACAAAAGUUGCCAAGUUCCGCAAUGCAGGACUCUCAGCAAGGUGCGGCUGAAGGAUCUGAAUCCCCACAGGCAGACAGGGCUACACUAAGUGUAACUAGGUGUAGGAUGAGGGAUGCAGAUGCUGAUAAGCCCCCAGUGCGAGCAAAGCCUAAUCUAGAUACAAGUCUAGAUGGUGAAGCAAGUGAAGGAAGUCCAGCAUCUCGAUUUGGAGUCAGCCUGAGGCACCGAGACCAGUCCUCGGAUUCAUGUGAAAGCUUCAAAUCUACAGAGAAUCUGUCUCCUCGUCCAGGCCUGUCUAGUGCAAAAGUCAAGGGGAAGUCCAGUUCUGCAGCAGCUAAGAGUCCAGGAUCGUCAUCAGCUGAUACAGAGGGCAUGCAGACUCCAUCCUCUCCAGUGGGAGAAAGUGGACAAGCCCCAUCUUCUCCUGCAGGAGUUGAUGGUAGCCCUCCAUCUGUUGAUGCUGCCUCGUUAGCUUCCAGAGAUGGCAGUGUGGAAGAACUGUCUGCUGAAGAACCCAAGGUUGUACUGGGCUUGGGAAUCAACCAUGAAGUCAAGGAAAGUUUAGAGUUAAAAUUAGUUUCUGAAUUGAAGGAGGCUGAUGAAAAGAAGGAACAGAAAGAUGACAAGAAGGAACCAAGUCCAGAUGGAGUUACAGGAGGAGAAACGUCACCUGGAAGCCAGAAGAAUCCCGCAGUGCAACUAGUCUCGGAGUUAUUUGAGAGCCUACGACAAAAAUCCAACAAAGUAGGGGACACUCCACAUUUAGAUAAUGGUAAUGCAGUGAACAUUGAAUCUGACAAUAGUAAUUUAAGAGACAGUAGUAAUCAAAUUGGUUUUAAGACCAAUUUGAAGAAAGUGAAAAACACAUUUGAAAAGAGCAGUUCAGAGAAAGAGGAGAGAAAAAUAUAUUUUAAAACUCAGCUUCGGAAAACAGACACUAGUAAGGGUGAUGAUAAUGUUAACAUGGAAAGUGAUCCUCACAGUACUUUGAUGGACUUCAGAGCGCAGUUAAGAAAAACCAAUAUUGUUAAAGAGGACGAUACCAAGGCCGUGGGAGAUGACACCUCUCCAAGUGAUCAGCAGGAAAAUGGUUCACAAGUGCUUAGUGAAGUGAACAAAAAGAGUGAUAAUGCUGGGAAGAAUGAACGGAGCUGUGACUCGGGAAUCAAGAGUGAUAUAAUGAGCGAAAGUGUGACGAGUAUUCAUAGUGAGAAGCGAGAUAGUGUUCAGAGUGAUUCUUUAAAAGUGAGUGAAGAUGAGGAUGCCAAACGUUUUAGCUCAAGUAGCAUAAGUAGUUUAAAGAAGUUGUGGGAGAAGCAAGAUGCUGAUAAAAUGGCCAAGGCUGAUCCUAAUCAAACUAGUCCCAAAUAUGCUCCAAGUAUAAACAAACGGCCAGAUUUGCCAAAGUUAACUAAAAGUGAGAAAGACUCUGUUGCUGACACCCCAGUUCUGAAAAAGACUCCUGAAGACGAGGGCAAGGUUGGCAAGCUGGAGCGGAGGGUGUGGCCGCCACCCAGCAGUAGUGAAGUGGAUGCCAAGCCAGUGGAUGGAAAGCCCUCCGUGCCCGUUAAGCCCGUAGUGAAGAGUUUCAAAUUACCUCCUCCACCUGCUGGAGUCAAGCCACCUCCACCCAAGCCAGCGGGCAUCUAUGCCACCCCCUCCCUUAUUAGGCCUCCAUCGGUGCCAGUUAUUUCUGUGAAGAAGGAGGGCAAGGAUUCUGAAAAUAAGGAAAGUAAAGCAAUUAAAGAAACAAAAGAUUCUGUGUCGAAAGAUAAUGCCUCUGGUAAUCCUCCUCCCAGUAUGACAUCUUCGGGCGGAACUUUGCCGAGUGACAGUGUGAGUGGUUCCUCAAAUAGCAGCACAGAGAAAGCUGGGCUAGUGGAGCAAGGCCGUGGGGUGGAAGCCUCAGUGGCAACCUUGCGAACGGAGGGAGCCACCACCACGGUUGCUGCUUGCAUCCAGUCAGCACAAAGGGUAUUAGACUUUUACCAAGCCUGUUGGGAAUACAUGGACAACAUUCCACCUCAGAGUCGAUUUCACAUGCGAGAACUUCUAACCCGUCUAGAGCUCCAGACUAGGCAGCUGCGCUCAGCAGGGGGACGCUCAAUUGAACACAAUGAAAAGCUCUUUGCAGAAAUUGAGAGCACAGUGAGGGAUGUUACCAAUACAGUUCAGCGUUAGGCUUUUAGCUAUUGUAAUUGGGUAAGAUAUUCUGAGUAAGACGUUUUUACUGUGAACUUAACAUCCUUUUGGAAAUCCGAAAAGAUAAAUCCUUUUUAGAUUAAUGAUAUAUUAAAAGAUAUAGAAAAAAAACAAUUGAAUGUCAUUGCUCACAAGUCCAGACAAUUAAGUGAAAAGAUACCAGCAUACCUUGGGGUGAUGCUAGAGGAGUUUUAUGCUGUUGAUUCUCAUUCUGAAUGUGCAAACGACAAUACUCCUGCAUUUAAAAUAAUUUCAGAUUACGUGCUGGUUGAUGUAGAAAAGAAAGACACUGUAAAAUUAGUGACUCGGAAAGAAAUUUGCUGCCCAGCGUCUACCUUUAAUGGAGCAUGAAUUUUGUCCUGGAGUUACUGAAUGCUCACAAGUUACAGGAACUUUUCACAAACUAUUCCACAAAAGUGUUCCAUGUUUGCCAGUAUGCAAGAGCGCUAUAUAUUCUGUGUAAAAAGGUGAAUGCUAGUGCGAAUACUUGUGAUUUGGCUACACUGCAUGGUGCUGGCCAGGUAUGUUCACAAUAGAGAGGGACAAACAGGAUACUUUAAAUUUGAUUUGUACAUUAUGUAAACAAAUAGUUUCAUAGGUAGCUUUUUGCAUGCAGAAUAAAUUUGGUGUGUUAAUUCUAAUCAAAACCUGAAGAAUUAUCAACGUAAAUGAAGGUGGCAGCAGGAAAAGUUAAAUUAUGGUGGGUGCUUUUGUAGCCUAGGUUGGUUGCCAUUUGAUUUUGAAGCUGCAGACUUUUGUUUUUAUUAUUAUUAUUAUUAUUAUUAUUAUUAUUAUUAUUAUUAUUAUUAUUAUAUGUAGCUCUUUUGAUUUUGAACUUUACCACCUUCAUGAAGUCUGUCAUUGGUAUGUGCAUACUACUGUCAAAUUUGUUGCGAUUUGAUGUGAAAGCUAGUCUUGUGAUUUUAUUGCAUAUUCGGAGGUCAGCUACGUGCAAUUGUCUGCACCCAUUGUAUUCCGAGAGAUGAAUAUCACGGCCCAAGAGUUAAUAGAGUUCAGUAUGGGUGCUUAGGGCCUCUACGUAAUGUUCCUGGGGCUUGUGGUUUGUCUCAAUCAUUUUUCAUCGUACGCUUCCUUUUGUUGACGUCUUUUAAGAAUGUAUUUGUCAGUAAUAUGACAGAAUUAACUCAGUUCUUCCUUUCCUUUACUCUCCUUUCCUUUUCCACCAUGCAGGAUCAUGCGCAGUUGAUGCAUGAGUAUGAAUUAUAUGGUUUGAUUAGGAGGACUUAAUAUAUAUUUCAGUGACUUUUUUUUUCCAGUAAGAGAGGAGUUUCAGGUCUUGCCAACAAACCUAUGUGACAGAUGAAAGCUGUGUUUAUAAAUAGCAAUCCUCUGCUUUAUCUUUUGUGAUAUUAGUAUGUCUCGCAGGCUCACUCUUGUGUGCACAACACUUAGAAAACUUAAUUUUGUAAAGAUGUCACGACAUUGUACGAUUAUGUAAAAAGGAUGACUUAAGUGUUCUUACGUAUCUGGUUAAUUGACAAUAUGUAUAAACAAUCUAUGAAAUAUAUGUAGUAUAGAUGAGUGAUGGAGUGUAAUCUCAUCUGUUGCUAGAGUACCAUAAUCAGCUGUUUGUGGUCCGAUUUAUUUAAUGAUUAUAUAUAAUACACACAAUGUAAAAUAUUUUAGCCUUUAUUUUUUAUUUUAUUUUUUUCUAAACGAGAUUUACCCACGCCCCUCUUUUGAAAGGGGAAGUGUUUUUAAUUCUUCACACUACAAAAAAGGCUGAAUGCACCUCUGCAACAGGGUCUCAUCCCCCCCCUCCCCCCCAGUUGUCACCUCCUAUGAAGCUGGCAACUCGUUAAGACACGUUGAAUGUGUAUGUGUAUCUCCCAGGCUGAUGAUGAUGAUGACGACGAUGAUGAUGCCUUCCCAAACGACUAAGGUUUAAAAAAGAGAGAGACUGACACGUCGUUUCAUGUGUAAAGACUUGCGUUGAAACUACCUUGAUUUUUAAGGUAGUGUGGAACUUUUUUUUUUUUUUUGUGAUUCUUAUUUUGCAGGGAGAGUAUUAGGCCUGCAUCAGGGUAUGAAAAAAAAGAAAAAAAA